GAACGUGGCCUUCCCCUCCUCUCCUCCCCUCUCCUCCCCUCCCCUCCCCUGCAGCGCCGGCGGCGGAGCUGGAGCCGCAGCAGCCGCAGCAGCCGCAGCCUCAGCGAUGGACCCGACCCUUAGCGAACCCCACAAUGGCAGCGGCCCCGCCGAGCCCCCCGCGGCCCCCAGUGCAGCCAACGGCACGGCGCGGCCGCCAUCCACCCCCGAGGGCAUCGCCCUGGCCUACGGCAGCCUCCUACUCAUGGCGCUGCUGCCCAUCUUCUUCGGGGCCUUGCGCUCGGUGCGCUGCGCCCGCAGCAAGAAUGCCUCAGAUAUGCCAGAGACCAUUACCAGUCGAGAUGCUGCCCGGUUUCCCAUCAUCGCUAGCUGCACACUUUUAGGCCUCUACCUCUUCUUUAAAAUCUUCUCUCAAGAGUACAUCAACCUCUUGCUCUCCAUGUAUUUCUUCGUGCUGGGGAUCUUGGCUCUCUCUCACACCAUCAGCCCCAUCAUGAACAAGUUCUUCCCAGCAAAUUUCCCCAACAAGCAGUAUCAGCUACUCUUCACACAAGGCUCAGGGGAGAGUAAGGAAGAAAUUGUCAAUUAUGAAUUUGACAGCAAGGAUCUCGUGUGCCUGACCUUGAGCAGUAUCAUCGGCGUCUGGUACCUGCUAAGGAAGCACUGGAUUGCCAACAACCUCUUCGGCCUGGCCUUCUCCCUCAAUGGAGUGGAGCUCCUGCACCUCAAUAACGUCAGCACAGGCUGCAUCCUGCUUGGAGGCCUCUUUGUCUAUGACAUCUUCUGGGUUUUUGGCACCAAUGUGAUGGUAACUGUGGCCAAGUCUUUUGAGGCACCCAUAAAAUUGGUUUUCCCCCAAGACCUGUUGGAAAAGGGGCUGGAGGCUGACAACUUUGCCAUGCUGGGGCUGGGAGACAUCGUCAUUCCAGGUAUCUUCAUUGCUCUACUUCUGCGUUUUGACAUCAGCCUGAAGAAGAACACACAUACCUACUUCUACACCAGCUUUGUGGCAUACAUCUUUGGCCUGGGCCUCACUAUCUUCAUUAUGCAUGUCUUCAAACAUGCCCAGCCGGCAUUGCUCUAUCUGGUCCCUGCCUGCAUUGGAUUCCCCCUGCUGGUGGCGCUGGCAAAGGGAGAGGUCACAGAGAUGUUCAGUUACGAAGAGACAAAUGACAAGGAGAAGGAGCCAGCCAGUGAGUGCAAAGAGGGAGCGCUGUUGUCGUCGUCCACUUCCUCCGAGACGGAAAAGAAGGAGCAGUAAGGGUGGGCUUGGAGCU